AUGUCUAAAAGGCCUUUAUUUAUAGAAUUUAAUGAUAAAGGCAAAGGAAAAUCUUUCCGACGUCCUCAUUCUCCUUUUGUCAGCAGAGGAGUACAUUUGAGUAUUAGGCGACGUAAUGCGGUUCAGAACUCUAACUCUCUUGUACAGCAUAGUCAAGGCGUUAGAGCCAGCAGCUCAGUGAAUAACAUAUCAUUGGAUGCAAACGAGACAGUUGAAAUGGUUCAGUCUUUGAUAGAGAGGGGGCGAAACUUACUAAAAUCAGUAUCUGCAAAGGAAAAAUCCCUUCAGUAUGAUGUGGAGGCAGAACUUCGUAAAGAAUCACUUAGAUUAGAGUACAUUGAUAAAUCACUUGGAAAUGACGACUCCCAGAUAUUUGGUGAUUUAUCAGAUGCGAUUCCAGCUGUAAAAGGACCGGAGAGUGUAUCUGUAAGUACCACAAAAGAACGGGAGAGUUCAUCUGAUGAUUCUAUAAUAAUUCUAAGCGAUGAAGAUGAAUCCAUGGAAGAAACAGAGCAGUAUGCAAACUCUUUCAAUGACAAUGACGCCCUUGGAGUGCUGAGUGAUGAACCACAAGACGAGGAAGAAGACGAGGAAGAGGAAGAGGAAGAGGAAGAGGAAGAGCUAUUUGGAAGUGAGGGAGACGAAGAGAUUGGAUCACCUUCACCAGUAUCUUCGGAACAUUCCAACCGAGAUGAAAAUCAGUUGCUAUCUGAAUACUCUGACGAGGAAGGUUACAUCAACGAGGAAGAUAUAUCUUCGGAAGGAGAUCAGGAAACUUCAAAACCUAUUCUGUACAUGCAACAGCCUAGCCAGCCUAGACUUGAUAAUAACUAUGCGAUGAAAGAGAAAUCUAAUGAGAAUGUUGAACUCUCAGAACCUGAUAUUAAAUCUUAUGAAGAAGUAGUAGAUGAUAAUGUUGUUGAAAUGACGGAUAACUCAGAGGAGGAAGGAAUAGAAAAUGAAGAAGAAGUUGCCAAUGUUGAGGAAUUCAAUGCUCAUUCUGAUAUUGAGAAUUCUGUUGGAAAAGCCGAACAUCAAUCAGAUUUCAUAUACAAUAUGAAUUCAAUUGCUAAACAAGCACUUGAUAGAAUGAACCGUCACGAUAUUGAGGAUUUUGAAACAAUGCAUAUUGAGUCGGAAGAUGCGCAUAGUGAAGACGCAGAACUUUCCCAUGAGCAAAAACACAACAGUCAAUACAAUUCAUCUGAUAUUGAAGAACAAGAACAAGAACAAUAUAGUGAAGAUAUUAGCGAACAAUCCUAUUCUGAGGAAGAUACACAAAAUCUCAGAUCUGAUGGGGUAGGUGAACUUGGUGAGUAUAGCUACCAUAUCAAUUCAGGUAACAACGAGUACGGAUUGAUAACAGAUCAUGAUCACUCAAUAGUCACCGGAAAAAAUGAAGAAGAACAGAAAGAGGUAGAUAAUUUGAAAUCAGCUGCUGUGUUGGAUUCUUCUGUAAACAUCGAAAGUGAAUCUGAGACGAAACAAAGCUCAUCUAAUCUCGCUACAGUUAAUGAGGAAAAACAAGAUUCUGAAGUUCAAGAAACCGUGACAUAUGCAGAGAACUCUCCUCCACAGAAAAAAGCCAAAUAUACACUCUCAUUCUCAGAAACUUACUCAGAUACGGACUCUAGAAUAAGUGGUGCGGAAGAAUACAGAGAUGGAUCAACCACAGAGUACCAUUCAGCAUUCAGUAAUAAUCCAUUUGAAAAUUCGGAGAAAGUUCAAGAAGAAGACCAUAUAUUACAGAAUAUUCUUGAUUCUUUAGGGUUGUCUGCCGAAGGAGUUAAUGGAGGUAUACAAGAAAAUCAAUGUGAGGAAGAUUCUUCGGUUGAUCGAAAUGAUGUAAGCAAUGUAAUAUCUCAAGAAUUUAAGAAAGCUCUUCCAAAAAAUUCUAGUUUCGACGCUUCCAACACCAUUAACGAAACGGUGCCAAUAGAAAAUAUUGAAGAUUCAAGUAAUUCCAAGCAUACUUCUCCAGUAAUGAUAAACAGUGAAGACCAAGAAGGUAUUUGUUCUGCAGAUUCUGACGUCGAAAACGAAAGUGAACUACCGUCUAAGGAGAAUUCUAUGCCUGAAGAGAGGGAUGUUGCUAUAAAAAUACCAUUGUUUGUAGACGAAGAGACGAUAAGACUUACAACCAGCCCUGUUAGAAAGAUUCCCACUUCUGGCAGUGAAGAAAUUGAAACUUCAAUUGAUCAUAAUAUGACUGAUAGAAUCAAACUAAACAGACUUUCAGUAAACUUAGAAUGCGAUCUUCUCGAUCAACGUGGAGCUUCACUUACGUCUGUCCUCAGUAAUAACCUUCAGAAUUCUAUGGCAUUACAAAGCUCUCCCGAAACAUUGGAACCAGCUUUUGGUACUGAAGUUACCAAAGAGCAAAUUGGUUCAAAACCCUCGGCAUCUCAAACUCACAACGACGGUAUUUCAGCAUAUGAUGAUACUAAAGAACUUUCAAAUGAAAGUAACCCUUUUGAAUCGUCAUCAGUGAAAGAUAAAAGUAACAUUAAGACACUACCUCUCUUACAUCCUCAAGCUACAGCUACACAAUCGUACCCAUUUAAAGUUCUGAAACAUUCAGAAAAGCGCACAGAGUUGAGUGACUAUGUCAAUUUGAUCAUUCAUGGUCAGGAAAGUAAUGAAAGUAGUGUACCUACACCAAUAGUAACAGAGCCAUUAGAAAGAUCAAUAUCGAGUGGUGGUACUGAAAAUUCAACCAUUCAAGUUGAAGAGGUAGUUACUGAAGUUCCUUCAACAGAUAAUAUUCAAAAGAUAUCUACAGAACCUGAAGUUACUUUAAAGUCAUCUCCAGAAAUCGUUCAUGAUGCUGUGAUUAUAGAAGAGGUUGCUUUCGAAACUGAAAUCACAGAAAAUAACACUGAACUAAAUUCUGAUAAUCAGCUUCCUGAUGGAAAUGUAACAGUACAGGAAUCUACACAUUAUACUUCCCAAAGUGUUCAGGACAUAACUGUGGAAGCAACUGGUAAUAAUAUUGUAAAUGAUGUGUGGCAUAUUGAUGACUCCAACCAUGUAUCUACUGAAAUUGAAAAUGCAGAUGUACAAAACAUUGGCUUCCGAAAUGCAAAGUCUCUGUCAGAAAAUAGUAUUCAAUCUUCCGUACAAAACUUGGAUGAGAUUGAAGUUUUACUAUCAGAAUCCCCUGAAUUAUCCAUUCACCGGAAGGAGAACGAUCAAGCAAACGGAACAGAGCAGGUUGCUAAAUUUGACAACAACAUACCGCAUAAUAACCAAAACUCCGAUAUAACGUCAGAGAUUACACAACAACAUGGAUCUACAGAUGCUGAUUCAUCGUCUGGUUCCAGAAAAUCAAUUGCAAAACUCAUAAUUUCUUCUCCAUUAAAGAUAUUAUCUUCAUUGGCUAAUGGUUUAACCUCUGUCAGUAAUGCUGCUUCUGAAUUUGUAAGUACUGUGAACUCUGUUACUCUUCCUUAUGAUGAUGGUAGUAUUGAUGCUUCUCCAGCGGAAAACAUUGAAUAUAUAUCAACUGUCAACGAAGAAGAUGUUCAAGAAGAAGAUGUCAAGGAAGAAGAUGUCAAGGAAGAAGAUGUUCAGGACGAACUUGCUGAUGAGGAACUUGUUGAUGAAGAAAAUCUUGAGGAAGAAGAUAUUCAGGAAGAACUUGCUGAUGAAGAACUUGCUGAUGAAGAACUUGUUGAUGAAGAAGAUAUUAAGGAAGAAGAUAUUAAGGAAGAAGAUAUUCAGGAAGAAAAUGUUGAAGAAGAAAAUGUUCAGGAAGAAAAUGUUGAAGAAGAAAAUGUUCAGGACGAACUUGCUGAUGAAGAACUUGUUGAUGAAGAAAAUCUUGAGGAAGAACUUGUUAAGGAAGAAAAUGUUAAAGGAGAUGAUAAGCAACACUUAACCUCUAAGAAAGCAGAACAUAAUGAUUAUGGAUCUGAAAUCUCAGAUAUUAAAGGUGAAAUUACUGAAAAACCGCAGUUCCUAGAGGAAAAUGUUAAAAUUGAACAAGCUUCUGAGGGAACUAAUAUGAACCAUGAUGACAACCAUUACGAAAAUAAUGAGACAUUAGCUCCCACAAAGAAGCAAGCUUCGAUAUCAAAACCUAAAAACAAUGUGAAUAAUGAAGAUAAUAGUAGAGAUAGUUCAAAUGAUGUGUUUUAUUCGGCAGAUAACAACGAGGAUGUCGAACUAUCCAAAAUCGAAACAUCGACAAGGUCGGAUUCUAAAUCCUCAUAUAACGAAAACAAUGAUAUGGAUUCGCAACUAAAAACUGCAAAACCAGAAGAUACUGUAACUAUACUCGCAGAAGAGAAACCCGAAAAAGUUUCUGAUAUUCAAGUUACUAUUCAAGAAGAGCUUCCAAAGCUAGAGAGAACGCCAGUCAAAAAGAGACCUCGUGCAGUUGAUACUGAGCGUAAACCAUCGAAAAAAAAGCGUAAUAAGAAAAAGAAGCAAUACAGACAAAGAAACUCUGUUAUGAGAAACCUGAGACCGAGAUCUAAAUGA